UCCGAAAUUCACUGACAUUUUCCUUCCCGCAAAAACAUAGAAAGAGAAAAAUAGAUAUCACAGAUUCUGCUUGUCAUCAGACGCCUUCAAAUCAUCGUCCGUAAUUCGUUUGACUAUUCAAUUUCUGUUGAAUUUGGAUUUAGUUUAACUACGCAUAUUUCCUUAUGCAUCUCGAUUGAUUACAAUUUCAUUUUGUUUCUUCCUUUUGCCUUAAUCGUGUAUGAUUAUAAUUUAGUCAACGAUUUCCGGUCUGAAGUUUGAUUUUUGACAUCUCUGAUGAGGUAAAUUGUGCAGCUUACAGUUCAAUCUGUAGGGCUAGGUCGGUUUCUCAUUUUGGAAAGGUUUCUAAUUAUAGGAAUCGAAUGUCUUUUGGAACUAAUUGCGUCAAAUUUGAGCAACAGUAAUUAAAAAAGACAGACAAAGAAGGAGGGUUAAUUCGUGAGUGCAUACAUAAGAAAUUCCUCGAUUGUGUGCUUGUAUGAAUGUGGAUUUUGUUGUUCGUAUUUCUGUUAUUUGUUAAAAAGUAAAGGCUGUGCCCCAUUUGUGAUAUUCUUCUUGCUCUUGUUGUAGCAAUUGUUUCUUGAUGUGCUCCUUUUUCCAGAUUUCAUAGUUGUUAGACAUUGGGCGUGUCUUGUACUGGAAAAUCCACACAAUUGUAUGGUGUUUUAUGGUCAUCUGGUUUCCCAACAAAAGAAGUUAAUAAAUAAUAAGAAUAUGCAAGAAUGUGUGUCCGAGUCCUAGCUGACAAAACCCCAAUCUAUUGACUGCAUCUGUUGAAUAUUGUGUUACUUGUGUAUGCAUGUGGCAUGGCUCUCAGUUGAUGGCGUGUAUGGAAGGUUGUCUUCUCAUUGAUAUAAGAGUUAGACUGUACAUUGGUUGAGAAAUUUAUUUACUCCAAUUGGCAUAAGUUCUUUUCGAUUUUUUGACGUACUUUUGAAGCCAUAUAGACUCUGAUAAUUUUGAGGAGUGUUUCUGAAACUAGUUAAAGCUGUAUCUGUUUCUCUCCAGUGAAAUUUCAGGAUUGUUUUUGCGGGCAAAGGACAAUGCUAAGAUUGCUCUCAUGAAAAUUUUGGAUUCUGGUUUUGGUGGAACAACUAUACAUAUUCAUGAUGGGUGUCAACUUCUUAUCCGUUUCUGCUGUCUGUACCAUUCUGAGCGUAGUUGGCGUUCAGUAUUUGACAGAAAUCUCACUUGCAAAGCAUCAAUCAGAUGUUUUGAUUGUAAAUAAUAUUAUUAAUUCAGAAAAUGCAACCCAUACUCUUGAGCUUCUAUUUGGUUCAUACACGACCCUUAUGUUGGUUUCCAGUUUGGCAUUUAAUGUCACCAUCUUUUUAAUCUUAGGCCUAAAAACAAUAUUCUUUUCGGAGCUGUAUACAUCUGAAAUCCGAAAAAUGCUAGAAAAGCUUGUGAAUUACAUCAUCUACAAGGGGACUUUUCUUCCAUUGGUAGUCCCACCGACAAUAUUUCAAGCAGGUCUAUGGUCAACUUGGCUAGCCAUGCUUUGCUUCUUAAAGAUGUUUCAAGCUUUAGCUAGGGAUCGACUUGAACUCUUGAAUGCUUCUCCUUCUGUCACUCCAUGGACAUACUUCCGUGUAUAUUCUGCUUUGUUGCUUGUUUUCUCUGUUGACUUGCUCUGGAUAUUGCUAUGUUUGAGAAUCUACAGUACAAUGACUUCAUCAAUAUUUUUGUUGUUAUUUUUUGAGCCUUCUAGCAUAGCUUUUGAGACACUACAGGCCAUUGUGGUCCAUGGGUUUCAGUUGCUUGAUAUAUGGAUGCAUCACUCUGCAGGAGAUGCAUCAAAUUUCCGAUUAUCUAAAAUAUUCAAUAUGACUUCAGCAGGUUCACUGGGGGAAUGGAAGGGCAUGCUUAUCCAGAAUUUGGGAUUUUUCCUUGACAUGAUGACGUUGCUAACGGCUCUUGCUCACUACCUCUAUAUUUGGUGGCUUCAUGGCAUGGCAUUUCAUCUUAUAGAUGUGGUUCUUUUCCUGAAUAUUCGUGCCCUUUUAAGUGCUAUUGUGAAGCGUUUAAAAGGGUUCGUCAAACUGCGAAGGGCUUUGGGAACCCUUCAUGGGGCACUUUCUGAUGCUACAUCUGAAGAGCUCAAAGCAUAUGAUGAUGAGUGCGCAAUUUGCAGGGAACCGAUGGCAAAAGCUAAGAGGCUGCCAUGUAAUCAUUUAUUCCAUCUUGCAUGUUUGAGAUCUUGGUUGGAUCAAUGUUUAAAUGAGAGUUACUCAUGCCCCACUUGUCGGAAACCACUCUUUACAAGCAGAUCUGAAAGUAGUGUGAAUCCAAAUACUGCAGAUUUGUCUAGGGAUGAGCAACUUGCUCACCAGAUUAGUACUGCACUCAAUGGGCCAGAUCUUCCAGGUCAUAACAUGCACCGUGGAGUCUUUUCCAACCAGGCACAGAAUGUAGAAAUGAGUGAUUGGAGGAGGACUGGUGUUAAUUUAAGUUGGUUGGGGUUAGAUGGAGCUGGUCCAUCUGGAUUAAAUCGUGUUCAGAUGUUAAUGAGGCAACUUGAUGUUGGAGAAACUUAUGCACAGAGUACGCUUCAAGAUGCUGCGUGGAGUCUGUUUCCUCCAAACCCAUCUCAGACCAGUACCUCCAGAUCAGCUAUCCCUCCUGCUGCCUCAACAAGAUAUCCUGGAGGCACUAGUGGUUUGCAUAUGAGGUCAACAUCUAAUGCUGCCAACACCAACCUAGAAAACUUAAUUGCAAUGGCCGAAGCAGUUAGAGAAGUGCUGCCACAUGUUCCAGACGAUGUAAUCUUUCAGGAUUUGCAGCUGACAAAUUCUGCGAUGACCACUGUGAAUAAUCUUUUGCAAAUGUGAUGGAAGUGGCGAUACUCUUCUCCAGUGAUUUUUGAAAAGUGCAGGCUGAAGCGGGUUGAAGCUCGGAAUGCACAUGAUUAUAGGGUUUGUGCAGUAGAAGCUCCCCCCCUUUGUACAGCAGCAGCACACUAAAACAUCCUUGAGAAAAUGUGCAAAUAAUUGAUUUUGUUAGGAGAAUAAAGCCAAUUUCAGUCUAACUGAAUGGAUGAAAGAAGGAAAGGGCUGUGUUGUAUCUCUUAUUUUUUGUUAAAUUUGCUUAUUCUGCGGAAUGUUGUUGUCCUUCUACUCCAUACCUCUUUGAUGUUAAUUUCGUAAAAUGUGUAACUUCUCCAUCUAUAUCUUAAAAAGUCACUUUAUUUCUUUUA